AUGAUAGCUAAAUGUAUAAUUCAGCAUGAUUUCCCAUUUGCUUAUGUUGAGUAUGAGAGAGUAAGAUCAAUUUGGAAGUAUUUGAAUGCUGAUGUAAAAUUUAUCAGCCGAAACACAGUAGCAGCUGAUGUUUACAAGUUUUAUGAAAAUGAAGCAGAUAAUUUAAAGCGAGAAUUAGCUAAUCUCCCUGGAAGGAUCAGUCUCACUUCUGAUUUAUGGUCUGCAAUCACUCAAGAGGGAUACAUGUGUCUAACAGCACACUACAUUGACAAGAAUUGGAAGCUGAACAACAAAAUUCUAGCAUUUUGUGCUGUACCGCCUCCACAUACAGUGAUUGGUAGUUCGUUGGUAAAAAUCAGAAAGAGUAUCAAGUAUGUUAAAAAAUCAGAACACCGGGAGAUAUUGUUUGCAAAAUGUGUGGAAUCUGUUGGUAUAAAGCAUCAGGCUGGUUUUUUGUUGGAUGUAAAAACAAGAUGGAACUCAACAUACAAGAUGCUUGAUAGGGCUCUCAAGUAUAGGGCUGCAUUUGCUAAUCUCAAAGUUAUUGAUGGGAAAGACUAUAAGUUUUUUCCUACAAAAGAUGAAUGGAAACGACUCAAUAGUUUGUGUGAUUUGUUGGACCCGUUUGAUCAGGUUACUACUCUUAUUUCAGGUUCCACAUAUCCAACUUCAACCUUGUACUUCAUGCAAGUUUGGAAGAUCAAUAACUGGUUGACAGUGAAUGAGUUUAGUGAAGAUGAAGUUAUUAGAAUCAUGAUUGUACCCAUGAAGGACAAGUUUGAUAAUUACUGGGAAGAAGUAAGUGAUUUAUUUGCAAUGGCUACAGUGCUUGAUCCAAGGUUGAAGCUAACACUUGCAAACUUCUGUUUUGGUAAACUUGAUAAAAGUUCUUGUCAACAGAAGAUUGAACACUUGAAAAGUAAACUAACUACUUUGUUUGAAUCAUAUGAGAACAAGUCAGUUUUUGCAUCACAAUAUCCAGAAACACGUGAAACAUAUCACCACAGAGAUGACAAUGAAGGAAAAAGAGGAAACUUCAGCAAUUACGAUGUUUUUAGUUCGUUGGUUGUUAUGUUUAAGAUUCUGGAUUUCUUAGCCUUUCGAAAAGAUACUCUUGUUGCUAGUGGAAAGACGUCCUUACAAAUGUAUCUUGAUGAACCAGCAAUAGACAUGAAGAAUUUUGAGAGUUUAGAUAUUCUAAAGUAUUGGAAAGAUAACUCUCAACGCUAUGGAGAAUUGGCUUCCAUGGCUUGUGAUCUUCAUAGUAUUCCUAUAACAACAGUAGCCUCUGAAUCCUCCUUUAGCAUUGGAGCUAGAGUUUUGAACAAGUAUAGAAGUUAUCUUCUCCCAAAAAAUGUUCAAGCAUUAAUAUGCAGUCGCAAUUGGUUAAAAGGUUUUGAAGCAUAUGAAAAUGAAGAGGAGAAAGGAUUAAUUGGUGAAGAUGAGGCACUACCUUCUUUCCAAUCGAUUGUUGAUGAUGAAGAAACAGCUUGA